UUUCCGCUUUUCGAGAUUUAUCCGAAACCGAACCCCCCUCGGCGAUGCUACGAUUCUGUGUCGCCGUGGCUUUUUUUCGUCUCGGGGGAUUUGGCGAUGUUUGGGAAGAGGUUCAUUUACUGUCUGUCUAUUAUCGAUUACGGAAUUUCCCCCCAUGAAGGAAUUACAGGCUUUAUUCUGUGUGUGUGUGUUGUCUAUUUCCUCGAAUGUGGUUUCUGUUAUUGUUGGCAUUCCAGGAGAACUUCCAUGUCCUGGAGAAGGGGGAAAAGGGGACUCCCGAUGAAAAUGACGACACGAUGGAGAUAUAGAAAGCAUGAGCAGGAUUAAGAAGAAGAAAAGUAAACCCGCCGGCUUCUGCACAUCCAGCCGCUUGUUCGGAUGCGGUUUCGUCGUGUCCUUGUAUUCGCUG